GGUAUCGGCAGGUGUUCAACGGCUGAUAAAAGCCACUCGUCGUCACUCAUACAUAUAUACUUCUAUACUUCUAUACUUCUUAUCGUUCUUGCUGAGUUGACUGUACGAAUUAAUAUUCCAUAGAUACAAGCAUGAAAUGAAAUUGCUCCAGCUCGACGAAUGGUGGUUCAGCCAGUCCUUUCUCGCCAUCCAGCCUCUAUUCAGAAUAUAAAACCAGGCCCCGUACACAACCUAUUCCUCCGAUUCCAACCUGUCGACUCCAAUCACCACCCGUCUUUCGAACGUCUGAGAGCCUUAGAUCCCGCACGUCUGAAAGUCUGAGUGCUGAAUCCGUCUUCACGCUCCCACGGCUAGCAAAAGGCUUCAAAACAUCUAGAAGCAAUGCCCUACAUACCACGUACCCACUGUUCCCGUCUUGUGUUUCCAUUUUCCAACGGUCUCGUGUACAAGGGAUUUUGUGGGUUUUCCUGCACCACUCUGCACCAGCUGUAAGAAAAAAAAAGGUCCCCCCUCUCUCCCCCCAACCAACCAAUAUUGACAUGGGAGGAGAAAGGAAGACGUGAGCUUUGUCCUGCGUAGGUAGUACAGAGUAUUAUGGACACUUCAUUCUUGUGUGAUGGACGACCUACGUCGCACAUCUUACAUCCUACACUCUCCGCAGAAAAUCAAAUCUUCCUUGGCUCAUCUCUCAUGUAUACGGCCUUACUCGCUUUCUCGUCCAACUACCGCCGGUCGACCAGCUUCUUCCUGACACCGUCCAGAUGCGAUGCUUGAUGGCAGACGUGCAAUUUAUGGUAUACGGAGGGUAGAGUGCGCGAUGGAAAUCAGGUGGGAUGCCGUUCAAAUGCAAAUCAAACACGCUCUCCCACGAUAUGUUCUGUUAGAUUAGGUUAGGCUAGUCUGCUGCGUAUAUUAUAUACUACACCCAUGAUCCAUUCAUCCAACCUUGUUUCCGUGCAACUUGUUAACAACGAAUUUGGCCCAAUCGAAUCAAUUGCCUGGCUGUGGUUUACCCCUACUAUUUCACUAUUCCUUGCACAUCCAUCAUACAGAGAGCACCUAUCGCCCUACUAGGGAUUGUACCUAGUCGCAGCGGUCGUAGUAGCAACAGAAGCAGCAGUAGGCAUACUCUCAGAGGAGAAGCGUCCCAUCUCAUCUCAUCUCGUCCCAUCUCAUCCCAUCUGUGCCCUUUCAAUCUAUCUUCCUUGGGUGCCACCACCAUACAUCAAACCUUCUAGAAAUCCUCGAAAUAGAUUUUGCCCUGAUUUUUUAUUCAUUUUCCCCCCUCCCCCCCUCCCCCCUUCCACUUAAUUUUUUCAUUUCUUCCUGAAUUCUGCAAAGAAUCCAACGUCUUAGUCAGAAUAAUAAAGAGAGGAAGGAAAAAACAUCCCGCCAGAUUGAUUUGAAUUUUGCCUUUUGAACUUGGUAUUGAUUUUGUUAUUUCUCAAUUGUCGUCUAUUUUGGCCUGCCGGAUUGCCUUACGAUCUGCUGCCCUCUACGUCAUUUCCCGACUAAUAAAGCCUUUCACUUUGCACUACACAACUAAAGUGCUAAGGUAAUCAAGACCAAACCCCAAAUCAACAAUAACAACCCCAAAUCUCCACGAAUGAAGAAUCUCGCUGCGGCGGUUUCACUAGCGAUCGCAAUAUUAUUUUGUCUGGGGUCGAAAUAGCGCCAGAGGUUUGCAAGAGGGUCUUCCAGGGAGGACGGCAUGCCACCUUCAGUCGCUCCUCUUGACAAACCGUCCUCACCAACUUCAAAGAAACGCCCUGGGUCGCGACGAUCCAGUGGCAACGACAAGACUGACAACUCACCCACUCAGCUACACUCGUCAUCAUCACCGACGCAACAUGGAUUAAGAGAGAGACGCUCAUCAGAUUCGAAGGCGAAGGACUCGAUGCCAGAUAUCCUUACCGGUGCAAAAGCACCCUCAAUAUCCAGCGAUGUGGAAAUGGCCAGUGAUAAUGAGGUUCAGGAUGUUGGAUCUUCGAGUCUUCAAAAUUCAGAAAAUGUGCAUACAGGAGAGUCCAGAAGUCCUGCCCCCGGUCGGAAGCUAAGCUUGCCCCCAGGGACAAUGCCGCUGUACGACCCGGCCGAGGAGGUGGAACGGCUUCGAGCCAUGAAUGCGCAAAUGCAAUUGAAUCAGCAUCGUGAGAGAUUGGCCAAGCAAUUGGAGGAUAGAGAAGAGCUGCAAGGGAAAAUGACACUAAGCAGUGCUGGUCUCAAGGCACGAGUAUCCCCCAUUCAUGAAGAAUCCAUAUCACCAUCAUUAGAGGCAGCAUUUGCUAGUCCAAUUCCAUCUGGUAUGGAAACAGCGUCGACCGAGUCUGUCAGGACCAUCAGGGGAGGUGAAACACCAGCUGCAUUGCAUGCAAGAACUCCUUCGUAUCCAUUUCCACCGAUGCGAACACCAAGGCAACUUAGCUACAAUGGCCACCGCCCUUUUACCGCACUCUCACCAACUGUAAAUCCGGAAAAUUUUGCCGGUGGUUCCUUCUACGAUGGACCGCACGAUCAUGUUCUAUCCGGGCCAAUAACCCCCGUAUCAGGUCUCAACUUUCAGCCAGCAGGUUCACAAUUAUCGAAUCGUGAUUCAGUUUUUGAAACACCGAAUCUUUAUGAUCUUAGUCUUAUGUUAUCUGCCGAACCUGGACUUGAUCCAUGGUGGUCGACGGUGGUAAAAAUCAUGAGAGAUGUCUACAAGGCUGACAGGGUAACGCUCUCUGUGCCUGCAGAUUCGACAGACAUUGAAAAUGUUCCCUGGGGACAAAAAGCAACUUUUAACGCAGCAGAAGAGGAUGAGUUAAGUCUGGCCUAUUUGCCACGAGGUAGCAGUUUUAUUCCCAGUAGCAGCGGCGACACGCUCGAGACUUCAGCUUCUGAAGGAUACGGAUCUGGUGACUCACCACCGGAAGCCAUUAUGACCCGACCUGGACUUCCUAGCAGACACUCAUUCACUAGCUAUGAGGCAACAAAGAGAGACCCAGCAUCCCUUCCCGAGACUGCUAGAAAUCUCACUGCACGACCUUCCCCUCUCACUCGCGCUAAGAGCUAUGUUUCUACUCGACCCGAUCAACCACCACGAACAGGCACACUUCAAAAGGCGCAACUCAGUUUGCAGGCACUAGAAGACCACAUGGCAUUUGAGGCCGAGAAACCGACUGCAAGUUGGGAAGAUGCUGAGCAAUCAAACAGAGAUGUGCAAGGACGUGUAUUUUCAGUUUUACAAGCCUUAGAUUAUGAAGCUGAUCCAUUGAUUGAUAGUAGUGGUGUAUUGAGAGUUCUGGAGAAGGAAAGAGUCAUUGCAUUAACGAGAGAUUAUCCAUACUUGAACAACCCGGCGGAUUCAGAAAGGGGGACCGAGAGUACCAUACCAAUAUUAGGUUCAAAAGCAGAUUCACCCGAGCGACUGAAAAAGGGCAAGGCGACAGAAGUGGGAGGACAAGUUUCAUCUAUCUUUGGAACCAAACCCAACAAACGAUCAAGUCGCAGUUUCCGUCUUCAAUCUGGCGAAAAAGGCAAAAACACACAAGAUGCUGCAGCACCUCCAUUACCACUUCCAAGAUAUGAAGAAUACGAACAAACUCCACCAUCGCCAUGGUCACAAUCCCCAGCUCCUUCUCCGGCUGUGAGAGUGGAAACAACAGACAAUCCUUUCUUUGCGAAUUCUACUGUAGACGAAGAAACAUUCAACCCACAUCAAACACCCCAGGACUAUUCUAAAAUGCAACAAGUUGAGGCGAUUGGAGUCGAUAGAUCGUGGACCGUUCUACAUAUUCCUUUAACCCAUCCUUUACUUUCAAAGCCAGUACAAUCAUUUCGGUUAGAUACUGCCGCCAUGGAAUCAAAAUCUGCAGGUCGUGGUAAAAAUGUUGAUCAGUUACCCAAAUACGCCGAUUCUUCCAAGUUACAAGGGGCAGAACCAAUCAAGGAAAAGCGAGCCCCUAUUGCAAUUCUUUCAAUCCUCAGCCCCGUGAUUCCUUAUCCAUCUAAUCUUAGACACUCUCUAGAACACCUCUCGCCACACAUGGCCACUUCAUUCUCCCUUUGUCGUCAUUAUUCCAAUCUCGAAACGGAGGUCGCUGGUCUGUCUCGAAAACGCCCACAUACUACUGGAUUUGGUGCUAUUGCUGCGGGAGGUCGACAAGUUCAUGAUCAGUCUUUGGCAGCAAGCGGGAAUGUGGCUUACUCGCCGGCCGAGGAGGGUAUGCGUCAACACUCGGGAGGAAGCAUGACAAGCCCGAGCGAUUAUUCUGGAGUAUCUCGAAGUGCCAAUGCAUCCCCAAGUGGUACGCCGUCCUGGGAUCCCGGUAGUGUGGGAUUCACGCUCGAUAGAAAAUCCAGCGGCGACAGUCCUGGAUAUAUCUCAAAUGAAGGAUACUUCAGCUCAAGGAGGCCGGGUGUAACUCGCAUGGAUACAGGAGGAAGUAGCGUGGUGGGUGUUCGACGCUCGUCGAAAGAAACUUCGCCCGCUGAGACCCGGUUGGUACCACGAAAUCAGGCUGAUGAUCGACCUUUGGGACAAAGUGCUUCUUCAGUCGACGGUGGUGAUAAUUCAACCAAGACCAAAGCUGACGUAGAAGGCUCACAACCUUCAUCCAAUUCAUCCGGGGCAGAAAUUCGUAACAAUAGAUCUUCUAAAGAGGCUACAAAUGAGACUUCAGACAACCGUGAACCCAGUCCUCCACGUCAAAACACCCACGAUUCACCUAGGCGACAGGCAAUAAGAGGCGCUUCCUAUGGUGCUGGUAAGUCUGACCGUCAGCACACACAGCUACACUCAUACGGUGCCGACUUUGGUGCCACUUUCCAGUCGUUACCGACAACAUCGGCUUCCUCUAUCAAAGCUCCUACUGUACCCAAACCUUCCCGCCAAGGGUCAUCAAAUGCUAGUUUACCUACAGAUAUGCCGCCACCAUCGGACCGACUGAAAGGUUUGAUGUUGGACUCUUUACCUGCGCAUGUAUUCGUUGCAUUGCCACAGACUGGAGAAAUAGUAUGGGUAAACAGUCGAUAUCUGACCUACCGCGGCCAAACUGUAUCCGAGUUAUACCAAGAUCCAUGGAGCAGUAUUCACCCCGAAGAAAGAGAGGAUUAUUUGAAAGCCUGGACGCAUGCAGUAAAGACGGGUGAGCAAUUCUCUAUGCAGGUGCGUAUCAAACGUUUUGACGGAAACUACCGUUGGUUCUACACUCGUGCUGUUGGCUCUCGAGAUAUAAGAGGUGUGAUAGUUCAAUGGUACGGCUCUCAUAUGGAUAUUCACGACCAGCAUAUUGCGGAAGUCAAAGCUGCACGACAAGAGGAAAUAGAAGCAUCUGAGGCUAAGCACAGACAACUGGCAAAUUUAAUUCCUCAGAUCAUUUUUGCCGCAACAGAGGAUGAGGGUGUAACCUUUGCAAACGAGCAAUGGCUUUCGUAUACCGGACAAGAUUUCAAUGAUGCCUUGGGACUUGGAUUUAUGGAUUACGUGCACCCAGAAGAUCUUGCGAAGUGUCAAAUUCCAAUCGGAAGACCGCCAACUCCAUCGACUCGACCAAAGAAACCAGCCGAGCCGACAAGGAACCCAUCUCAUACAUCUUCGAGUGGUAAAUCAGGGCAAUCAUCCGAUCCUUCCGAAGCGCCGACUGAAAAGACCGUGAAAGGAAUCCACCAAACCUUGUCGCGAAACAAUAGCUCGAGCAGCAGUUCUGUAUAUGAAUUUGCCACAGCAGAUCUGUCCGAGUUGGCGAGAACUGGCGUCAUUAAGGUCACUACAGAUGGUAACGGGAGACUUUCUUACACCACUGAAGUUCGUUUGAGGUCGAAGACUGGAGAGUAUCGCUGGCACCUGGUACGAUGUGUGGAAGUUGAUAACAUCAACCUCGGAAGUGGAGAUGGUUCCUGGUUCGGUGCUUGCACGGAUAUUAAUGAUCACAAAUUACUGGAAACGAAACUUAAGGAGGCCAUGGAAUCUAAGGGCAAGUUCUUGAGCAAUAUGUCUCACGAAAUCAGGACACCUUUGAUCGGUAUUUCUGGGAUGGUAAGCUUCCUUCAAGACACCACCCUCAACGACGAACAGCUUGAUUAUACGAAUACAAUUCAAUCCAGUGCAAGUAGUUUACUCAAUAUUAUCAACGACAUACUGGAUCUUUCCAAGGUAGAUGCAGGUAUGAUGAAAUUGUCAUACGAGUGGUUCCACACACGUUCUCUAGUCGAGGAAGUCAAUGAAAUGGUUUCUACCAUGGCUAUCACUAAACGGCUGGAACUUAAUUACAUCGUCGAUGUCGAUGUGCCUGAAAUGGUGAAGGGAGAUAAAUUCCGUAUCCGUCAAGUUUUACUCAACGUUAUCGGCAACGCAAUCAAAUUCACAACUGUUGGUGAAGUGUUUACUAGAUGCAGGGUAUACACAGACGCUGAUUCACCGCCGUUGGUCAAUGAAAUAAUGCUUGAGUACUCUAUUGUGGACACGGGAAGAGGAUUCACCAAGGAAGAGGCGGAUCUCAUCUUCAAGCCUUUCAGUCAAAUUGAUGGUAGUAGCACAAGACAACAUGGUGGAAGUGGCUUAGGAUUGGUUAUUUCGAGACAACUGGUACAGUUACAUAAUGGCAAGAUGCAAGGUACUGCGGUGCCUGGUAAAGGAUCUACCUUCACUUUUACUGCAAAGUUCGGACUGCCCACUGAAGAUGAUCAUCCAGAGCCACUCACAACACCUCAGCUGAGCAAAGUGACUUCAGCAUCAUCGACACCCAACAUCAUCAAAUCACAAAUUGCUUCCAAGCAGGCUUCCAGUAACCCGCUCUUAGUUAGCAGGCUGUUGAAUUCUCCUGGUAUCUUCAUGGAUAGUCCAAAGACUGAAUCAAGUGCAGGCUCGCCAGCUGUACUGUCGUCCAAUAGCUCAGAACCAUCUAACUCUAGUUAUUCCGGUCGAACUCGUUUCACAGAUAGAUCUUCUGCUUCUUCUGUCAAUCAGAGUCUGUCUCAUUUUGGCGAGGCCGCUCGAUCAAGUACUCCAGAAAACAUGAAAUUAGAACUUCCCGAGAAGCACUCCCCGUCACCUUCACCGCUGCUUGAAUCUACACCUUCGUCGACUCCUGCAAAUACUGCCUCGACCCUCCCAGAGUCACAUACUACUCGUCUAGAUAAUGAAUUCUCCCAUGACUUGAAGCAUUUCCGACCUCCUAUGUAUUCGAUCCUACUCAUUUGUCCGCAAACUCAUAGUCGCGAGGCGACGAGACAGCAUAUCGAAAUCACUUUACCAAAAGAUGUUCCUCAUCAAAUUACUCCACUUGCAAGUGUCGAGGAGGCUAGAGUUCUUAUUAGCGGAGAUGACUCUGUCAAUUUUACACACAUUGUCUUGAAUCUUGGCUCGGCGGAAGAAAUAGUACAGCUGAUUGAUAAACUCAUCGCAUCGGUGAUGUUGCCUCAGACUUCAAUUGUUGUCCUAUCAGAUCCUGUACAGAGACAAGAAGUCAUCAAGAUGGCUCAGUCAUACGACUACGAUCAAAUGGCUAAAGAUAAUCGGCUUACAUUCAUAUACAAACCCGUUAAACCGUCCAGAUUUGCAGUUAUCUUCGACCCUGAUAAAGAGAGAGAUUUAAGUACUGAUCGUAAUCGUUCGAGUGCCCAGCAACAAGUCGCCAGUCAGAAACAACAUUAUUUGGAUGUGGGUCAGCGCCUUGGAAACAAGGGACUUAAGGUUCUGUUAGUAGAAGAUAACUUGGUCAAUCAAAAAGUUCUCUUGAAGUUUUUGAGUAAAGUUGGAAUUGCGGUGGAAUUAGCAAUGGAUGGUGUGGAAUGUACAGAGAAAGUAUUCAGCAAACCGCAUGGAUUUUAUUCUUUGAUCUUGUGCGAUCUUCACAUGCCCCGGAAGGACGGCUAUCAAACCUGUCGCGAAAUUCGCGAAUGGGAGAGCCAAGGAUCAACCACGAAAAUGCCCAUUAUCGCUUUAAGUGCAAAUGUAAUGGCGGAUGUGCUGGAAAAGUGUGUUCAGGCUGGCUUCAAUAGUUAUGUGACUAAACCGGUGGAUUUUAAAGAGUUGAGUAAAGCGAUGAGUUCCUUACUUGAUCCGGAGGCAGGGGAUUUGGGAGGUGCGUUGAUGAAAGUGCCAAAGAAAGCGUCGUGAGAUGGAGAGAGAUGGGGAUGAGAAGAGAUGGAGAGAGAUGGGGAUGAGAAGAGAUGGAGGGAAUGGGAAGAGGAGAGGAAGGGAAAAGAUAAAGGGAUAUUUAUGAGUUGAAAUGUUACUAAUACUUUUGAUUUCUUUCUUGAGUAUCUGGUUCUUAAUGAGCGGUGCAUUGCUUGGCGUUUUUCACUUUCUUUUUCUUCGGCUACUUGUUUUCUUCGUUUUACCCUUUCAUAUCCAAAAUGGGACAUUUUCAUGUGGCAGAGCGCAAGGGGUAUUUAAUGCACGGGGGCUACCACUGUGCGGAUGUAGAGGGUGGAGCGGGGAUGAAUGAAUGGGAAAGACGAAAAUGGAUGAAGACGGAUAUGUAAAUUAUAUUAUGGAUAAUGUGGAUUGCGUCUGUCUGUCUAUCUGUCUAAGGACUUUUAGUUUUUGAAACAUAGAUAGCGUAGGGUACCUCGCUCGAGGGCGAUCGAUACGAAUCAUACGAUGGCGAUGAUUUUGUGAGCGAAUUUAUUAUGUUUUGGUUCAUGAUUCGGUGUUAUGAUAUGAUAUGGUAUCUGUGUUGUGUUUUGCUGUGUUGUGUGCGUGGAGGUACGGUUUGAUGCUUGAUAUUGGAUGAUGUGAGCACCUGUAGUGUGUUUGGCGAUGUAGAUAGAUUGGAAGGGCAUUAUUGCUAGGUACGAAGUGGUUGCUACUUGAGUGAAUAUUAUGGCCUUGAAAUCUAGGCUGCA